CCAUUUUGAACUGUUGUUAAGUGACAGCCCGGUGAUUAUAGGAGAUAUUUGGAAUUAUCUCCUUUAAUUUAAUAUUUACAGUUUUAGAACCGUGUUGAUGAAGUGAUUAUUGCGUCUUACACAAUGGCACGCUACGGUCAAAGGCCGGAAAAUGCUCUCAAACGAGCAAAUGAGUUUAUGGACUUGAAUAAGCCUGCUCGGGCUUUAGACACCUUACAAGAGGUUUUCAGGAAUAAAAAAUGGGCUUAUAACUGGUCGGAAUCAGUGCUUGAACCGAUUAUGUUCAAGUACUUGGAGCUGUGUGUUGAUCUUAGAAAGUCACAUAUAGCCAAAGAAGGCCUAUUUCAGUAUCGAAACAUGUUUCAGUCUGUAAAUGUAGGAUCGCUGGAGCAAGUUAUAAGAGGCUAUUUGAGAAUGGCUGAAGAGAGAACGGAGUCUGCGCGAGAGCAGUCCACACAGGCAGUCAUUGACACUGAUGACUUGGACAACCUGGCAACACCAGAAAGUAUCCUGCUUAGUGCUGUGUCCGGUGAAGAUGCACAGGAUCGUUCAGAUAGGACCAUACUAACACCAUGGGUGAAGUUUCUUUGGGAGUCUUACUGUCAGUGCUUGGAACUACUCCGAACGAAUGCUCAUGUGGAAACACUGUAUCAUGACAUAGCUCGCAUGGCGUUCCAGUUCUGUUUGAAGUAUGCUCGGAAAACUGAAUUCAGGAAACUAUGUGACAAACUGAGGAAGCAUCUGGAAGAUAUACGUAAAGCCAGUGCUCAGACUGGCAAUGUAAGCAUUUCGAAGCCUGAAACUCAGCAGCUCAAUCUGGAGACCCGUCUGUUCCAACUUGACUGUGCCAUACAGAUGGAGCUUUGGCAGGAAGCCUAUAAAGCCAUAGAAGACAUUCAUAAUUUAAUGAACAUGUCUAAGAAGACACCAGUGGCAAAAACAAUGGCCAACUAUUACGGCAAGUUGGCUCUCGUGUUCUGGAAGGCUGGCCAUUGCCUGUUCCAUGCUGCUGCAUUGUUGAAACUAUUCCAACUGUCGAGGGAGAUGAAGAAAAAUAUUACUCAGGAGGAACUUCAAAAAAUGGCAUGUCGUGUCCUGGUAGCAGUCCUGUCUGUACCGUUGCCAUCUUUGCAUCCCGAGUUUGAUCGGUUUGUUGAAACUGAUAAGAGUCCAGUCGAGAAGGCGCAGCGACUUGCAGUGUUGCUUGGACUUGCUCAGCCACCCACACGUACUAGUCUGCUGAAAGAUGUGAUCCGGCUGAAUGUGGUGGCGCUGGCGUCGCCCCAGCUGCAGCAACUGUACUCGUGGCUUGAGGUGCAGUUUGAUCCGCUCAACAUUUGCCAUAACGUGCGGUCUGUAGUCAAGGCCCUUGAGGAUGAUCCCAACUCUCCAUUGAGUCAGUACAGCACUGCUCUCAAUGACGUGGCCCUAGUGCGGCUAAUCCGGCAGCUGGCGCAGUGCUACGAUUGUGUGCAGUUCUCCCGCCUGCUGAGCCUGGCCGCCACUGAUGACCUGUUCCACCUGGAGCGUCUUCUGGUCGACUGUGUGCGGCACAACGAUAUGCAGAUACGGGUCGACCACGCUAACAAAUGUGUCCACUUUGGUGUGAAGGCUGGUGGUGGGGAGUGGUGUUCGACGGCUGAUGAGGCUUGUGGAGGUGCUAUCUUGCAAGCUACUCCAGCUGAACAGGUCCGGGAGCAGCUAGUGCUGGCGGCGGAGGUGCUGUCCCGCGCGGUGAACGCGCUGCACCCGUCACUGCGGCGCGGGGAGCGGGCCCGCGCGCGCGCGCUCAUGGUGCAGCACUACCACGAGAGCAAGCACGCGGAGCACCACCGCGUGCUGCAGCGGCACAAGAUCAUCGAGGAGCGCAAGGAGUACAUCGAGCGGCUCAACACGGUGCGCGAGGAGCAGGAGAUGCGUCGUCAAGAAGAGCAGCAGCGCGCGGCUGCAGCGGCUGAGGCAAAGCGUCUGGAGGCGGAGCGAGAGGAGAGAGAGAAGAAGAGGCACGCCUCCGAGCUAGCUGCCAUGAGGGAGCGGCACCUCAGAGAAAGAAUUGCGCACAUCUCGCAAACCAUGCACGGCAAAAAGGUGUUGCAAAAACUCGAUGAAGAGGACCUUAAGAAGAUGGAUGCUGAGGCGAUUGCUCAGCGAGAGGCUGAAGAACUGAUGAAGGAGAGAAGGGAGCUGCAGGCCAGACUCAAGUCACAAGAGAAGAAGGUGGACUACUUCGAACGGGCCAAGCGUUUGGAGGAAAUACCCUUAUUACAGAAGACCUUAGAAGAGAAGCAGGUGCAGGACAAAGCAUUCUGGGAACAACAGGAGAAGGAACGCAUAGAACAGCUUAUCGAGGCUCGCGAGCGCGAUGUGGCCACGGCGGCUCGGCUGGAGCGGAUGGAGGAACAGAGGCUGCAGUUCGUGGCGCGGCUGCGGUCGGAGCGGGGCGCUCAGCACACGGAGCGACUGGCUCGCUUCCAGGAGUACCUCGCCGAGCAGAAGGCGCUACGACUGGCGCGGAGGAAGACCGAGAGGAUCGAGGAGCGCCGCAAGCAGUGGCUUUUGGAGAAGAAACGUGCAGAGGAAGCGGCUGCCGAAGAGGCGCGUCUGCAGCAAGAGGAAGAAGAGCGAAAGGAGAGGGAGGAGAGAGAGAGAAAGAAACAAGAAGAACUGGCCUUACUCCGCGAGAAGAAAGAGAAGGAAGAACGAGAACAUCAAGAAAUGUUGGCUCGCGUGCAAGCCAAGGCUAGAGCUAAAGAGGAAGAGAUAACACGGAAAUUAGAGGAGCAAAAGGUGGCAACCUCAUCCUCAUGGAGAAAGGGAGGGAAGCCAGAAACCGCUGAGAAGAAGGAGCCUUGGAGACCAGCAAGCCGACCCAACCGCUCACCAGAACGUUCUGAUCGAACUGAGCGCCGUCCAGACCGGGCCCCGCGCGACCUCUCAGACAGACGCGAAGAUCGUCCUAAAGAUGAAAAGCCAUUUGAAAAACCCAGGGAAGAUAGACCAAGAGAUGAAAGACCAAAAGACGAGAGGCCAAGAGAUGAUAGGCCGCGAGAUGAGAGACCACGAGAUGACAGACCGCGAGAUGAUAGGCCAAGGGAUGAAAGACCAAAAGACGACCGACCGCGCGACGAUGGUCCUUGGAGAUCAGUUAAUAGAGAGCCAGAACGGGAGAGGCCGCGGUACGCCGGCCGCGUCAGCGGGCCCGAGGGCGGCUCCAGCUGGCGACGAGGACCGGCCGACCCGCCGCCAUCUACUGCAGAGCGUACCUCCACCUGGCGUUCUAAAGACGGCGCGCGUGACGAGAGACGAGAUGACCGUGAUCGAUACCCGCCGCGUGACCGUGAAGGGUUCCGAAGUGACCGCGAACGUGAAGGAUUCCGAAGCGACCGCGAACGCGAUGGGUUCCGCGGCGAUCGCGACCGUUUCCCGCCGCGACGUGACGACAGGGAUCCGCCCAGAAGAGAUGAUCGGGAUGGCCCACGGCGCGACGACCGUGACGGGCCCAGGCGUGACGACCGUGACGGUCCGCGCCGCGAUGACCGUGACCGCGAGGGCCCCCGACGUGACGACCGCGAUCGACGUCCGCCGCCACCACGACGAGAAGAAAAACCCCGGGACCCAGACGCGCAGGGCUGGCAAGAAGUUACCAAACGCUAAUUCAUCUCCGGCGCGGGAAUUGUAUUUGUAUUAUUAUGUAUUAUUGGCUAAACGGAGUGUUGACGUCUCCACCAAUCACAUCACCUUGUAUAGAGUAAUUAACAUGUCGUCUAACCCUACCAAGUCAAAUAAAAUCUCAUGUCACUCUUCGCCACUUAAAAUCUACAGUUGCAUCUAGGCAUGUUCCAACACUGUAAGCUUUCCAUCGUAUCAAACACAGAGGUUCAGCAUAAGGACUUAAUUGCUACUGAAUUUUAUCUCACAUCCAGUCCAACUGUAAAAGUUCAUUAGGAUGAAGGCAAAUAGCAUAAAAACCUAUUCAGUGUGUACUCUACUAACUACUAAAGGCUUAAAAAUAGCUUGACUCCAGGGCCCUCAUAAUUUAAAAAAGGUGUUAAUGUAAACGUUCAUCAACUUUGGUAGAAUGUAGCCUCUUCAUUCGGCUCCUCAAUUGUUUGUGGGCAUCGCCUCUUCUCUACAACAACCACUUGUUAAGCCUCACCGAUCUACCUUGAGUCACAGUUACAGUCUCUUUCCAACCCAUUCAACUCUACCUAGGGGUAUUUUUCAUUUUAGAUCCACUUGGAAAUAAUUUUUACAUCUCUAGUGACAUUCAUUGCAAGUGACUGCUUAUCCCCAGCCUUACACAACAUAAUAAGUAUCUGAGUAUUAUAAUGUUCCAGUGUGAAGUGUGUGAUUGUUAUGGCAAUUGCAUAUGAAUCAUUCAAUCUCACAUAACAUAUUUGUUUUAGGGGAGUGUUUGUUACGACUGUGCCAGGUUUUGUGGUUUCUGUGUAACAAACUUGGGCAUUCUAAUUUAUUUUGGAUACCUGAAUAUAAAGGGAGAAUUUGAAGUUCUCAGUUCUAUUUUUAUUUCGAUAUAGGAAUAUUUUGGCAAUUAAUGUUUGCCAUAGAAGGUAAUUAGUGGGCUUAUCAGUCACAAGUUAUAAUUGCUUUUUAAUAAUUUGGAAAUAACAAAAUGCCCAAGUCUUAGUGAAGUAAAUCACUGACAUGUUCAUGCACACUCCGCAUAGAUCAGAUCAGCAUAUGCUAAUCACGACAUAUUUAUUAUAAACAUGUUACAUAUUCUACAGGUGAUGUUUUAAUAGGUAACUAUUGUGUAAUCAUUAAUACUAUAGAUGUAAUUUGUUAAAUUACAUCUAUAGUCUAUUAAAAUAGUUCUAAUUCUUAGGAAGAUACAGAUAAUUUGGAGCAUUGAUAUUAGUUAAUACAGCCAAUUAAUGAAGAAAAGAACAUUAAAAAUUAACUAAGAAUGGGUGCAAAAAAGCUAGAAACAUAUAAUUGUUCGCAUCAGUAGAUAGAUUGAUUGACUGGGUGUAGGGUCAACGACCUAAAUUAUCUUAACUUCACGAAAAGAGUUUCUUCUCAAAUGUUUCACGCAAAAUUUUUAUUUAGAAUGUCAACCUGUACCUAAUAGUCCGGUAACAGUGGCCCUGCACUGAGUUACACUUGUUAACUCGUCACUAUUAAACAAACGUAUUGCAUACAAGUGACAUUUGAGAGCAUACUCGCAAGUGGUAUAAUGUAGUGUUUUUUAACCGAAAAGUUUGUAUUGCCUUUUUAUAUAGAUAUAUAGUAUAGAAGCAUAUUAUUACUAACCAUGUAAAUGCUUUGUAAUAUGUAAUCUUUCUUGCUAUGUUGUAUGCCAGUUGUUGCUGGUAUUCAACAAACAUGUUUACUCUUUGUAUAGAUAUAAACCAAUGGCAGAUAAUAUUACUAUGUCAACUGUGUUAUACCAUGGCCAUACCUAUAGAUGCAGAGAGAUUUGACGCCACAACUCAGUCCUAGUCGUAUGUAACGCAUAUCAGGGACAUAUUGACCAAUUUAGCCUGUGCCUAGCAUCCAUACACCGAUAUCUAUUAUUGAUUAGAUCUAUCUAUAUCAUAAAAAUAUAAUAAAUAAAUGGUUUUAUUACUACUAUUUAUCUCUUGUCAAGAAUAUGUUGAAACAGACUGGUGUAGUGGAAGUUAUAGAAAGUCGUAAAUAUUUUUGUUUUGUUGUUUAUUCACUACUUUCUUCAGAAAUUUAUAUUAUAGAGGUCAAACUCAAAUACUUUUAAACGAGUAGGUUCAUGGAAACAUACUUGAAUAGUCAAGCAGCUAAUGUUGAGACAACAAUUUUGUCUUAAAUCAUUGUAAUACAAGUAUUAGAAAAAGUGUAAACACACAGGUAUGCCAUAGUAGUGUUAUAAGUCAAAUGUCUGCAGACAGAGCGUCUAUUGAAACAAACAUUAUAUUGAUAUAAUCCAUUGGCUGAAUCUUUUACUUCUAAGUGGUUAAAUAUGGUAUUCCAAUACGACAUUGUGCUAUAAAGGAAUUAAAAUGUACGCUCUGUGUAAUAUUUGGUUUUUAUUUUUUCCGUAUUAAGUAAAACAUUGCUAUCUAUUGUAUUUGUUUUUGUUAACAGUCAAAUUGGCACUCAAUGUAGUUAGUAAUAUAUUUUGUACUUGAUUAAAUAUUUAGUGCAAACUCUAAGAGUUAUGUGCCACUAUUUUAUUUGGUUGUGUUCAUAGUAGGUACUUGAUAUACUAUUUAGUUUUACUCUGCGUGGGAUAGACAAGCUCUUGUGGCAAAAAACCUUAAUAUCAAUUAUUUAGUUUACCAGCUCCUAGAAUACAUCUUACAACAACGGCAAAUAUCUGGUCUAACGUAUCCAAUAGUGAUUGAUUAAUUAUAUUUAAACAAAAGUAGAAUGUAACAGAAAAAAGAUAAUUAUUAUACAGUAGAAACGAGGCGUGAAAAAAUUAAAGAGUUGAGUUUCGUCUACUAAAGACUUUCCAAUUAAGUAGGAAGUUUUGUAAUUAAAUUGUUGAAUUGAAGAAAUUAAUUUUUUUUCUAAAUUUAAAGUGCUCAUUAAAAGUCUAAUGACUGAUUUCUUAGAUUGAUGGAUGCUUUGGGUUUCUAACUCUAUAAUAAAGUUCAAAAAAUUCAAAUAAGUGUAAUGUUAUCUAAAUUGCAAAAUAAUAGAGUUGAGUAAUUUGAAAUAUGCUAUGUAUAUCACUACCUCGCUAUCCCCAACAACACGCACAGCGUGUUAACGCACUCAAGUGACUCGUGUUUUAGUAAACACAAUACUUGUGUAAAACAAGCACCAACAGCCUGGUUGUUAAACACAAACAUUGUGUUUUAGCACCCAACGCGUACAUUAAUUUUAAUCUUGUUAAUAUGUCACAGGCACCUGGACGCAUCACCAGGAGUUUAUAUGGCUUUGCAGCACGUUACACACUAAUAUUGUUAGAUUAUUUAAAUACUUUCUAUGAAAUAUCAUAAGGGGCGUGGUCGUAAAGGUGGCAUGUGAUUUAGCGAUAAAUAUGCACAAACAGAAGAUGAAGCCCGUGUACAGAACGCCAAGGCUGUGCAGUAGAAUCCUAGUUUGCUUAUUAGUUGAUUCCUUGAUAGUAAUAACCAAGUAACAAAUUAUUCAAUUUAAUGUUUACUGGAGCGCUAGUUAUCACCAAAAUAAAACAUGGCGUUUCAAACAAUAAAUAUCGUUUUUUUGUAUUGUUUUUUACUGAAUUAAAUUACCAAACUUUAUAAAGUCACCAAUAUUAAUUUUAUGUUAGUUUUUUUUUAGCUCAAAAUGCCGAGCCAUUUUGAAAAAUGUUAAAUAUUAAUUGAUUGGCUAGCUGAUUGACCAGAUGGCUGCGACAUAUUUUUUAUAACAUAUUUCAUAACCUAAGUGUUACUAUAUAUUAUUUAGACUAGAUAAUAAUAUUCUAUGCUGUCGUAUUCAUACUAACGGGUUUUGGGCAAAUAUUGGUCACAAAUUGUAAUCUUACUAAUUCUGAUUCAUGUUUUAUAAUAUACGGUUCCAUUUCA